AUUUCAACGUCUUAAAAUAAAUUAUUUGGAAUAAUCAUGUCACUUCCUACUAAUCCAACAUUAUGUGUUCUUGGCUGUGGAACUAUGGGUAGAGCUAUCUUAUCCGGAAUUUUAGAUAGUUUAAAUGUAGCGCCAGCUAACGAGCCACCAACUUUAAUUCCAAAAAAAUUUAUUGCUUGCGUAUCAGGAGAGGAGUCAGCACAGAGAAUUAAAGAAGAAUUUAAUGAUAAAAUUACAUUAUUAGUUGGAAAUAAUGUUGAAGGUGUCAAAGAAGCUGAUAUUAUAUUAUUAUGUACUAAACCUCAAGUUGUAAAAACUAUCUUAACAGAGGAAGGAAUGCAAAAAUCGCUUGAGAACAAAUUAAUAAUUAGUAUUUUAGCUGGGGUAACAAUAGAUCAAUUAAAAGAAUGGGCUCCUUCUUCAACUCGUAUUAUUAGAGCAAUGCCAAAUACUCCAUGCAUGAUUAGAGAAGGUAUGACAGUACUGAGUUGUCCUACAGAUUGCAGUAAAGAUGAUAGAUCAUUUAGUAUUUGGGUAUUUUCUACAUUGGGUAGAGCUAGAAUCCUAGACGAAAAACAUCUAGAUGCUGUUACCGGUCUUUCGGGAAGUGGUCCUGCAUUUGCAUGUGUUGUACUUGAAGCACUUGCAGAUGGAGGAGUUAUGAUGGGCCUUCCACGUGAAGUUGGAUUAGAAUUAGCAGCUCAAGCACUUCAAGGAGCAGCUCGUAUGGUACUUAAAACUGGUAAGCAUCCAGCCGAAAUUAAAGAUAGUGUGACUACACCGGGUGGGUGUACAAUUGCUGGCUUACUUACAAUGGAAGAUGGUAAAAUACGUUCUACACUUGCUAGAACUAUACAAGAGGCUACACAAGUUGCUUCUACUUUAGGAAAUAUACAAUCUAAGAAAUAAUUCCUUAUUUGUUAACAUAUUUAUUGAUAUUGAUAAAAUAAUCUUAAUGCUUAAAUUUGCAAAUAUAUAUAUGUUGCUUACCAUAGAGAAAUUUUAAAAUUAAUAAUAAAUACAUAGUAGUAAAAAUUUAGAA